CCAGGACCAUGGACUUGGCAGCAGACCGGGCUCCUGGCCGCCCCUGGCAUCCCCUGCGUAGUUUGUCCGUGUUUCAGCUCCUCCGGGGCUUUUGGCUGUUACUGCUGCUUCCUGGCCCCAGCCGGGGCCGCGGGGCCGCGCCGCUGUUCCACGUGCUGGAAGAGCAACCUCCGGGCACUCUGGUCGGCACCAUCCAGACGCGCCCCGGCUUCACCUACCGGCUCAGCGAAAGCCACGCCCUGUUUGCCAUCAACAGCAGCACGGGCGCCCUGUACACCACCGCCACCAUCGAUCGUGAGAGCCUGCCCAGCGACGUGAUCAACCUGGUGGUCCUGUCCAGCUCCCCCACCUACCCCACUGAGGUGCGAGUGCUGGUGCGGGACCUCAACGACAACGCCCCUGUCUUCCCGGACCCGUCCAUCGUGGUCACUUUCAAGGAGGACAGCAGCAGCGGGCGCCAGGUCAUCCUAGACACCGCCACCGACUCGGACAUUGGCUCCAACGGGGUGGACCACCGCUCCUACCGCAUCAUCCGGGGCAACGAGGCGGGCCGCUUCCGCCUGGACAUCACCCUGAACCCGAGCGGCGAAGGCGCCUUCCUGCAUUUGGUGUCCAAGGGCGGGCUGGACCGCGAGGUCACGCCGCAGUACCAGCUCCUGGUGGAAGUGGAGGACAAGGGCGAGCCGAAGCGGCGGGGCUACCUCCAGGUAAACGUGACCGUGCAGGACAUUAAUGACAACCCCCCGGUUUUUGGCAGUUCCCACUACCAGGCGGGGGUGCCCGAGGACGCGGUUGUGGGCUCCAGCGUCCUCCAGGUGGCGGCGGCGGACGCGGACGAGGGCACCAACGCAGACAUCCGCUACCGGCUGCAGGACGAGGGGACCCCCUUCCAAAUGGACCCGGAGACGGGACUCAUCACGGUGCGGGAGCCCCUGGACUUCGAGGCUCGGCGCCAGUACUCGCUCACGGUGCAGGCGAUGGACCGAGGCGUGCCUUCGCUCACCGGGCGCGCGGAGGCGCUGAUCCAGCUGCUGGACGUGAACGACAAUGACCCGGUAGUGAAGUUCCGCUACUUCCCCGCCACCUCGCGCUACGCCUCGGUGGACGAGAACGCGCAGGUGGGCACCGUGGUGGCUCUGCUCACCGUGACUGACGCGGAUUCCCCCGCGGCCAACGGGAACAUCUCGGUGCAGAUUCUUGGGGGCAAUGAGCAGCGCCACUUCGAAGUGCAGAGCAGCAAAGUGCCCAACCUGAGCCUGAUCAAGGUGGCCAGCGCCCUGGACCGCGAGCGCAUCCCAUCCUACAACCUCACGGUUUCCGUCUCUGAUAACUAUGGGGCGCCCCCUGCCGCGGCGGUCCGGGCGCGCUCCUCUGUAGCAAGCCUGGUGAUUUUCGUCAAUGACAUCAAUGACCAUCCUCCUGUCUUUGCGCAGCAAGUGUACCGAGUGAACCUGAGCGAGGAGGCGCCCCCGGGGAGCUACGUGUGUGGGGUCUCUGCCACCGAUGGCGACUCUGGUCUCAAUGCCAACCUGCGGUACAGCAUCGUCUCUGGCAACGGCCUGGGGUGGUUCCACAUCAGUGAGCACAGCGGCCUGGUGACCACGGGGGCUGCUGGGGGCCUGGACCGUGAACUGGCUUCCCAGAUUGUGCUGAAUAUCAGUGCCCGGGACCAGGGGGUUCAUCCCAAGGUUUCCUAUGCCCAGCUUGUAGUAACUCUCCUGGAUGUGAAUGAUGAGAAGCCAGUGUUUAGCCAGCCCGAGGGGUAUAAUGUGUCUGUGGUUGAAAAUUCCCCAACAGGGACAGAACUACUGGUGCUCCGGGCAACUGAUGGGGACCUGGGUGACAAUGGGACCGUGCGUUUCUCCCUACAAGAGGCUGAGGCUGACCAGAGGUCCUUCCGCCUGGAUCCUGUGUCGGGGAGGUUGAGCACUAUCUCCUCCUUGGACAGAGAAGAGCAAGCCUUCUACUCCCUGCUGGUUCUGGCCACAGACCUGGGCUCCCCUCCUCAGUCCUCAGUGGCUCGCAUCAAUGUGAGUCUUCUAGAUGUGAAUGACAACAGCCCUGUGUUCUACCCGGUCCAGUACUUUGCUCAUAUUCAGGAAAAUGAACCUGGAGGUAGCUACAUCACCACGGUGUCUGCCACUGACCCAGAUUUGGGUCCCAAUGGGACUGUCAAAUACAGCCUAUCAGCUGGGGACAGGUCUCGCUUUCAGGUCAAUGCUCAGAGUGGGGUUAUUUCUACAAAAAUGGCCCUAGACAGAGAAGAGAAAACUGCUUACCAGUUGCAAAUUGUGGCUACCGAUGGUGGGAACUUACAGUCUCCCAAUCAGGCAAUAGUCACCAUCACUGUUUUGGACACUCAAGACAACCCACCUGUAUUCAGCCAGGCUGCCUACAGCUUUGUGGUCUUUGAAAACGUGGCUCUGGGAUAUCACGUGGGUAGUGUGUCUGCCUCCAGCAUGGAUCUCAAUUCCAACAUCAGUUAUCUCAUUACGACUGGGGACCAGAAAGGUAUGUUUGCUAUCAACCAGGUCACUGGGCAGCUGACCACCGCGAGUGUGAUUGACAGAGAAGAGCAAUCCUUUUAUCAGCUGAAAGUGGUGGCCAGUGGGGGCACAGUGGCUGGGGACACCGUGGUUAACAUAACAGUGAAGGAUCUGAAUGACAACUCGCCCCAUUUCUUGCAGGCAGUGGAGAGUGUCAAUGUGGUGGAGAACUGGCAGGCAGGGCACAGCAUUUUCCAAGCCAAAGCUGUGGACCCCGAUGAAGGUGUCAAUGGCAUGGUACUUUAUAGUCUGAGGCAAAACCCCAAGAACCUGUUUGCUAUCAAUGAAAAGAAUGGUAAUAUCAGUCUGCUAGGGCCUCUGGAUGUUCACGUGGGCUCCUACCAGAUAGAAAUCUUGGCGUCUGAUAUGGGCGUCCCCCAGCGCUCCUCCAGUGUCAUCCUAACGGUUUAUGUACAUGAUGUAAACGACAACCCACCAGUGUUUGACCAGCUCUCUUAUGAGGUCACCCUUUCCGAGUCAGAACCUGUGAAUUCUCGAUUCUUUCAAGUGCAAGCUUCUGAUAAGGAUUCAGGAGCAAAUGGUGAAAUUUCGUACACCAUUGCAGAAGGGAAUACAGGGGAUGCCUUUGGCAUAUUCCCAGAUGGUCAAUUGUAUAUAAAAAGUGAACUGGACCGUGAACUUCAAGACAGAUAUGUUUUAGUAGUUGUUGCUUCCGACAGAGCAGUGGAGCCCCUGAGUGCUACUGUGAAUGUUACUGUAAUUCUAGAAGAUGUCAAUGACAACAGACCUCUUUUUAACAGCACCAAUUACACAUUUUACUUCGAAGAGGAGCAGAGAGCGGGAUCCUUUGUGGGCAAAGUAAAUGCUAUAGAUAAAGACUUUGGGCCUAAUGGAGAAGUGAGGUAUUCUUUCGAAAUGGUGCAGCCAGAUUUUGAGCUGCAUGCUGUCAGUGGGGAGAUCACUAAUACCCAUCAGUUUGACAGGGAGUCCCUUAUGAGGCGGCGAGGGACUGCAGUGUUUAGUUUUACAGUCAUCGCAACAGAUCAGGGCCUCCCUCAGCCCCUCAAGGAUCAGGCCACUGUGCAUGUUUACAUGAAGGAUAUAAAUGACAAUGCUCCCAAGUUCUUAAAGGACUUUUACCAAGCUACAAUCUCAGAGUCAGCAGCCAACUUGACACAAGUUUUAAGAGUCUCUGCCUCAGAUGUGGAUGAAGGUAGUAAUGGACUUAUUCAUUAUUCUGUAAUAAAGGGAAAUGAAGAAAGACAGUUUGCUAUAGACAGUAACUCUGGCCAGGUGACGCUGAUUGGCACAUUAGACUACGAAGCAACACCUGCCUAUUCCCUGGUUAUUCAAGCAGUGGAUUCAGGGACCGUCUCCCUCAAUUCCACCUGUACCCUAAGCAUUGAUAUUUUAGAUGAAAAUGACAAUACUCCUUCUUUCCCCAAAUCAACACUAUUUGUUGAUGUUUUGGAAAACAUGAGAAUUGGGGAACUUGUGUCUUCUGUUACUGCCACUGAUUCUGAUUCAGGUGACAAUGCUGACUUACAGUAUAGCAUCACUGGGACUAACAACCACGGAACAUUUAGCAUUAGCCCAAACACUGGGAGCAUCUUCCUUGCCAAAAAAUUGGACUUUGAGACACAGUCUUUGUACAAAUUAAAUAUAACAGCGAAAGAUAAAGGAAGACCCCCUCGUUCAUCCACGAUGUCAGUGGUUAUACAUGUGAGGGAUUUUAAUGACAAUCCCCCUAGCUUUCCUCCUGGAGAUAUUUUCAAGUCCAUCGUUGAGAACAUUCCCAUUGGGACGUCUGUCAUUUCAGUGACCGCACACGACCCGGAUGCAGAUAUUAAUGGUCAGCUCUCCUACACAAUCAUUCAACAGAUGCCAAGGGGCAACCACUUUGGCAUUGACCAAGUGAAGGGAACUAUAUAUACCAAUGCUGAAAUAGACCGGGAAUUUGCCAAUCUUUUUGAAUUAACUGUCAAAGCCAAUGAUCAAGCUGUGCCGAUAGAAACUAGAAGGUAUGCUUUGAAAAAUGUGACCAUUUUGGUUACAGACCUCAAUGACAACGUCCCGAUGUUCAUAUCUCAAAACGCCCUGGCUGCAGACCCCUCCGCUGUGAUUGGUUCCAUUCUGACAACAAUUAUGGCCGCUGACCCGGAUGAAGGGGCCAACGGAGAGGUGGAGUAUGAGAUCGUCAAUGGGGACACAGACACCUUCAUCAUGGAUCGGUAUAGUGGUGACUUGAGAGUGGCUUCAGCCCUGGUGCCUUCCCAGCUGAUCUACAACCUCAUCGUUUCAGCCACAGACCUUGGCCCUGAGAGGAGGAAAUCCACCACCGAAUUGACCAUCAUUCUUCAGGGCCUUGAUGGACCCGUUUUCACUCAACCCAAAUACAUCACCAUUUUGAAGGAAGGGGAACCCAUCGGCACCAAUGUCAUAUCAAUAGAAGCAGCUAGCCCCAGAGGAUCGGAAGCCCCCGUGGAGUACUACAUUGUGUCCGUCCGCUGUGAAGAGAAGACUGUGGGACGUCUCUUUACCAUCGGCCGGCAUUCGGGCAUCAUUCAGACUGCAGCCAUUCUGGACCGGGAGCAAGGAGCAUGUCUUUACCUGGUGGAUGUGUAUGCCAUCGAAAAAUCAACUGCUUUUCCCAGAACGCAGAGAGCAGAGGUAGAAAUAACACUUCAGGAUAUCAAUGACAACCCACCAGUAUUUCCAACGGAUAUGCUGGAUCUCACUGUGGAGGAAAACAUUGGCGAUGGCUCUAAGAUUAUGCAGCUGACAGCCAUGGAUGCUGAUGAGGGUGCAAAUGCUCUAGUCACAUAUACUAUCAUUAGUGGAGCUGACGAUAGUUUCCGCAUUGACCCUGAAUCCGGAGACCUAAUAGCUACCAAGAGGUUGGACAGGGAACGUCGUUCCAAGUAUUCGUUGCUGGUUCGUGCUGAUGAUGGUCUUCAGUCUUCUGACAUGAGAAUUAAUAUCACCGUCAGUGAUGUGAACGACCACACACCCAAGUUCUCUAGACCUGUGUACUCUUUCGACAUCCCAGAAGAUACAACCCCUGGUUCUUUGGUCGCAGCAAUUUUAGCUACAGAUGAUGACUCCGGUGUGAAUGGAGAAAUUACAUAUAUUGUGAAUGAAGAUGAUGAAGAUGGCAUCUUUUUCCUGAAUCCAGUUACUGGAGUCUUUAAUUUAACUCGAGUCUUAGAUUACGAAGCCCAGCAAUAUUAUAUCCUCACUGUUCGAGCAGAAGAUGGCGGGGGCCAAUUUACUACCAUCAGAGUUUAUUUCAACAUACUAGACGUAAACGAUAACCCACCUGUUUUUAGCUUGAAUUCAUAUAGCACAUCUUUAAUGGAAAAUCUACCUCUGGGAUCUACUGUCCUUGUGUUUAAUGUUACUGAUGCGGAUGAUGGCAUCAACUCCCAGUUGGCUUAUAGCAUUGCUUCAGGUGAUAGCCUGGAGCAGUUUACAGUUGACCAGAAGGGCGUACUCAAAGUCCUAAAAGCUUUGGAUCGGGAAAGUCAGUCCUUCUACAACCUGGUUGUUCAAGUUCAUGACCUGCCACAGCUUCCGGCGUCCAGAUUCACUAGCACGGCUCAAGUCUCCAUCAUCUUGCUGGAUGUAAAUGAUAACCCACCGACUUUUCUCUCCCCGAAAUUGACAUACAUUCCAGAAAACACACCUAUUGAUACAGUUGUUUUCAAAGCUCAAGCAACGGACCCAGACAGUGGCCCAAACAGCUACAUUGAGUACACCCUGCUGAGCUACCCCCUGCUGACCCCUUUGGGAAACAAGUUCAGUAUCGGGACCAUUGAUGGGGAAGUGAGGCUCACUGGAGAACUGGACAGAGAAGAGGUCUCUACGUACAGCUUAACAGUGGUGGCUACGGACAAAGGCCAGCCAGCUCUCUCUUCAUCCACAGAGGUUGUAGUUAGGGUUCUUGACAUCAACGAUAACAACCCAGUUUUUGCUCAGGCUUUGUAUAAAGUGGAGAUUAAUGAAAAUACACUUACUGGAACAGAUAUAAUACAGGUUCUUGCAGCUGAUGGAGAUGAAGGUACAAACGGACAGGUUCGCUAUGGCAUCGUUGAGGGCAAUGCCAAUCAGGAAUUUCGGAUUGACUCUGUCACGGGCACUAUCACUGUGGCUAAGCCUUUGGAUAGAGAGAAGACCCCUACUUACCUCUUAACUGUUCAGGCAACGGAUCGGGGCAGCACCCCCAGAACUGACACCUCUACUGUCAGCAUUGUUCUACUGGAUAUUAAUGAUUUUGUCCCCAUCUUUGAGCUCUCUCCGUAUUCAGUAACUGUUCCUGAGAAUUUAGAGACCCUGCCCAAAACCAUUCUUCAGGUUGUGGCAAGAGAUGAUGACCAAGGUUCUAACAGCAAACUCUCCUAUGUUCUACUUGGUGGAAAUGAAGACAACGCCUUUAUCCUCUCAGCCAACGGAGAACUUAGUGUCACACAGAGUCUGGACCGAGAGACAAAGGAGCGCUUUGUCUUGGUGAUUACAGCUACAGAUUCAGGAACCCCUACCUUAACUGGAACUGGAACAAUCAAUGUCAUAGUAUAUGAUGUCAAUGACAAUGUCCCCACUUUUGCCAGUAAGAUGUAUUUCACAACGAUUCCUGAAGAUGCACCAACUGGAACAGACGUUUUAUUGGUAAAUGCCUCUGAUGCUGAUGCUUCAACUAAUGCAGUUAUAAGUUAUAGCAUCAUGGGUGGAAACGCUCAGUUCACCAUCAACCCAUCCACAGGACAAAUCAUCACCAGCGCAUUGCUAGACAGGGAAACGAAAGACAAUUACACGUUAGUCGUGGUCUCCAGUGACGCUGGAUCCCCGGAGCCUCUUUCCAGUUCCACCAGCGUGCUCAUCACUGUGACCGAUGUCAAUGACAAUCCCCCGAGAUUUCAGCAUCACCCAUAUGUCACGCACAUCCCAUCUCCUACUCUUGCAGGUUCCUUUGUCUUCGCAGUUACAGUCACAGAUGCUGACAUCGGACCCAAUUCUGAACUGCAUUAUUCUCUUUCGGGUAGACACUCUGAAAAAUUUCACAUUGACCCACUGAGGGGAGCUAUCAUGGCAGCUGAACCACUCAACGGAGCUUCGGAAGUGACGUUUUCUGUCCACGUAAAAGAUGGUGGCUCGUUCCCAAAGACUGAUUCCACCACGGUGACAGUUAGAUUUGUGAACAAAGCCGAUUUCCCCAAAGUGAGAGCCAAAGAGCAAACAUUCAUGUUCCCUGAAAACCAACCAGUAGGCACUCUUGUCACUACCGUUAUAGGGUCCUCCUUGAGAGGAGACCCUUUGUCCUAUUACAUCGCAAGUGGGAAUCUUGGUAGUACUUUCCAAAUCGAUCAGUUAACGGGGAAGAUAUCCAUUAGUCAACCUCUGGAUUUUGAAAAGAUACAGAAAUAUGUUGUAUGGAUAGAGGCCAGAGAUGGUGGGUUCCCUCCUUUCUCUUCUUAUGAGAAACUUGACAUAACGGUAUUAGAUGUCAAUGAUAACUCCCCGAUUUUUAAGGAAGAUCCAUUUAUCUCUGAAAUAUUAGAAAACCUUUCUCCUCGAAAAAUCCUGACUGUUUCAGCCAUGGACAAGGACAGUGGACCCAAUGGACAGUUAGAUUAUGAAAUUAUUCAUGGCAAUAAAGAAAAUAGUUUCAGCAUCAAUCAUGCUACUGGUGAAAUUCGAAGCAUUCGACCUUUAGACAGGGAAAAAGUAUCUCAUUAUGUGCUUACUGUCAGAUCUUCUGACAAAGGGUCUCCUUCUCAGAGCACCUCAGUAAAAGUCAUCAUUAACAUUUUAGAUGAAAAUGAUAAUGCCCCUAGGUUUUCUCAAAUAUUUAGUGCCCAUGUUCCUGAAAAUUUCCCCUUAGGAUACACGGUUACACGUGUCACAACUUCUGAUGAAGACAUUGGUGUGAAUGCCAUUAGUAGAUAUUCUAUAAUGGACACAAGUCUUCCAUUUACAAUUAAUCCCAGCACAGGUGAUAUCAUCAUUAGUCGACCGUUAGACAGGGAAGAUACGGACCGUUAUAGAAUCCGAGUGUCUGCGCAUGAUUCUGGGUGGACUGUAAGUACAGAUGUCACAAUAUUUGUGACAGAUGUCAAUGACAAUGCUCCAAGAUUUAGCAGACCCUCCUAUUAUUUAGAUUGCCCUGAACUUACUGAGAUUGGCUCCAAAGUGACUCAGGUAUCUGCCACAGAUCCCGAUGAGGGUUCAAAUGGACAAGUAUUUUAUUUUAUAAAAUCCCAGUCUGAGUAUUUCAGAAUCAAUGCCACCACUGGGGAGAUUUUCAAUAAGCAGGUCUUAAGAUACCAAAACGUCAGUGGGUUCAGUAAUGUGAACAUCAACAGGCACAGUUUUGUAGUGACCUCUUCAGAUCGAGGCAAUCCUUCCUUACUUAGUGAGACCACAGUUACCAUCAACACAGUGGACAGUAAUGACAACGCACCUCAAUUCUCUCAAGUCAAAUACUUCACUCCUGUCACCAAAAAUGUUAAGGUUGGCACGAAGUUAAUCAAAGUUACCGCCAUAGAUGAUAAAGAUUUUGGACUGAAUUCUGAAGUGGAAUAUUUCCUCUCUAGUGAAGAUCAUUUGGGCAAAUUUAAAUUAGACAAUGCGACCGGUUGGAUUUCGGUAGCAUCUUCCCUGAUUUCGGACUUGAAUCAAAACUUUUUGAUCAUAGUCACUGCAAAGGAUAAAGGGAACCCUCCACUUUCUUCCCAAGCCACUGUGCAAAUAACAGUCACUGAGGAAAACUACCACACACCGGAAUUCUCUCAAAGCCACAUGAGCGCUACUAUCCCUGAGAGCCAUAGCAUUGGGGCCAUCGUCAGAACGGUUUCUGCAAGAGACAGAGAUGCAGCUAUGAAUGGCUUGAUUAGGUACAGCAUUUCUUCAGGCAACGAAGAUGGCAUUUUUGCAAUCAACUCCUCCACGGGGGUAUUGACACUAGCCAAAGCCCUCGAUUACGAGCUGUGCCAGAAGCAUGAAAUGAUCAUUAGCGCUACUGAUGGAGGCUGGGUUGCAAGAACCGGGUACUGCAGUGUGACCAUAAAUGUGAUUGACGUGAAUGACAAUUCUCCAGUAUUCCUCCCUGACGAAUAUUUCCCUACGGUUUUGGAAAAUGCUCCUAGUGGGACAACCGUUAUCAACCUCAACGCCACCGAUGCCGACUCCGGGACAAAUGCCGUGAUUGCAUAUACGGUCCAGUCAUCUGACAGUGACCUCUUCGUCAUUGACCCUAACACAGGAGUGAUAACCACUCAAGGCUUCUUGGAUUUCGAAACCAAGCAGAGCUACCAUCUUACUGUGAAAGCCUUCAAUGUCCCUGAUGAAGAAAGAUGUAGCUUUGCCACCAUUAAUAUACAGUUAAAAGGGACAAACGAAUAUGUGCCUCGUUUUGUGUCCAAGCUUUACUACUUUGAAAUCUCAGAAGCAGCCCCCAAAGGCACUGUUGUCGGGGAAGUGUUUGCCAGUGACCGUGACUUGGGCACUGAUGGCGAGGUGCACUAUUUGAUUUUUGGUAGCAGUCGAAAGAAGGGUUUCCAGAUCAAUAAGAAGACUGGACAGAUUUACGUGUCUGGACUUCUUGAUAGAGAAAAAGAGGAAAGGGUGUCUCUGAAGGUAUUGGCCAAGAAUUCGGGCAGCAUCCGAGGUGCGGAUAUAGAUGAAGUCACUGUCAAUGUCACCGUGCUGGAUGCCAACGACCCCCCUGUUUUCAGUCUCAGCAUCUACAGCGUUCAGAUCAGCGAAGGGGUCCCGGUAGGAACUCACGUGACCUUUGUCAGUGCCUUCGACUCAGACUCCGUCCCCAGCUGGAGCAGGUUCUCUUACUUCAUCGGGUCAGGAAAUGAAAACGGUGCCUUUUCCAUUAACCCGCAGACAGGACAGAUCACCGUGACUGCAGAAUUAGAUCGCGAAACCCUCCCCAUCUACAAUCUCACGGUUUUGGCUGUUGAUUCUGGCACCCCCUCAGCUACAGGAAGUGCCUCCUUAUUAGUCACCCUGGAAGAUAUAAACGAUAACGGGCCCGUGUUGACCAUCAGUGAAGGAGAAGUGAUGGAAAACAAGCGCCCCGGAACUCUGGUGAUGACCCUUCAGUCCACGGAUCCUGAUCUCCCCCCGAAUCAAGGCCCCUUUACGUAUUACCUGCUCAGCACCGGUCCUGCCACCAAUUAUUUCAGUCUGAACACGGCUGGAGUCCUGAGCACCACCAGAGAGAUCGACAGGGAGCAGAUUGCAGACUUCUACCUGUCCGUGGUCACUAGGGAUUCCGGUGUCCCCCAGAUGUCUUCUACAGGAACCGUGCACAUCAGAGUCAUAGACCAAAAUGACAAUCCUUCCCAGUCUCGCACGGUGGAGAUAUUUGUUAAUUAUUACGGAAACUUGUUUCCGGGUGGGAUUCUAGGCUCUGUGAAGCCACAGGACCCGGAUGUACUAGACAGCUUCCAUUGCUCCCUUACUUCGGGGGUUACAAGCCUCUUCAGCAUCCCAGCGGGCACCUGCGACCUGCAGGCCCAGCCCAGGUCCACAGAUGGUACGUUUGACCUGACCGUCCUCAGCAGCGACGGGGUCCACAGCACGGUCACCAGCAGCAUCCGGGUUUUCUUUGCUGGAUUUUCCAAUGCGACAGUGGAUAGCAGCAUCGUCCUGCGCCUCGGUGUCCCCACAGUGAAGGACUUCUUGACCAACCACUACCUUCACUUCCUGCGCAUUGCCAGCUCACAGCUGACCGGUCUGGGCACGGCGGUGCAGCUCUACGGCGCCUACGAAGAGAACAAUCGGACUUUUCUGCUGGCGGCUGUGAAGCGAAGCAAUAAUCAGUACGUGAAUCCCAGUGGGGUGGCCACCUUCUUUGAAAGCAUCAAAGAGAUCCUCCUCCGGCAGAGCGGAGUGAGGGUGGAAUCUGUGGAUCACGACGCCUGUGCUCGCGGCCCGUGUCAGAACGGAGGCAGCUGCGUCCGGCGCCUGGCGGUGAGCUCCGCAGUCAGGAGCCAGGAGAGCCUGCCCGUCAUCCUGGUGGCCAACGAGCCCCUGCAGCCUUUUUUCUGCAAGUGUCUGCCGGGCUAUGCCGGGAGCUGGUGUGAGGUCGAUAUAGACGAGUGCCUGCCUUCCCCCUGCCACAAUGGUGGCACCUGUCACAACCUAGUGGGAGGCUUUUCGUGCAGCUGCCCAGAGGGCUUCACUGGGCGGGCCUGUGAGAGGGACAUCAACGAGUGUCUGCCCAGCCCUUGCAAGAACGGUGCCGUCUGCCAGAAUUUCCCAGGGAGCUUCAACUGUGUUUGCAAAACUGGAUACACAGGGAAAAUGUGUGAAUCUUCUGUCAAUUACUGUGAAUGCAACCCCUGCUUCAAUGGUGGUUCCUGCCAAAGUGGUGUGGAUACAUAUUACUGUCAUUGUCCAUUUGGUGUCUUUGGAAAACACUGUGAGUUGAACAGUUAUGGAUUUGAGGAGUUAUCAUACAUGGAAUUUCCCAGUUUGGACCCCAAUAACAACUAUAUUUAUGUCAAAUUUGCAACUAUCAAAAGUCACGCUUUAUUGCUUUACAACUAUGACAACCAGACAGGGGACCAGGCUGAGUUUUUGGCCCUUGAAAUAGCAGAAGAAAGAUUAAGAUUCUCUUAUAAUUUGGGUAGUGGAACUUACAAACUCACCACCAUGAAGAAGGUGUCAGAUGGACAUUUUCACACUGUGAUUGCCCGGAGAGCAGGAAAUGGUAAGCUAGCAGCUUCUUUAACUGUGGACUCCUGUUCUGAGAACCAAGAACCAGGAUAUUGCACUGUUAGCAAUGUGGCAGUUUCUGAUGAUUGGACUCUUGAUGUUCAACCAAAUCGAGUCACAGUUGGUGGUAUCCGAUUGCUAGAACCAAUUCUUCAGAGGAGAGGGCACGUGGAAAGCCAUGAUUUUGUUGGGUGUAUAAUGGAGUUCGCAGUCAAUGGAAGGCCUCUGGAACCCAGCCAAGCCUUAGCGGCACAAGGCAUCCUAGAUCAAUGCCCUAGACUGGAAGGUGCUUGUACCCGCAGCCCCUGCCAACAUGGCGGCACAUGCGUGGAUUACUGGUCCUGGCAGCAAUGCCAUUGCAAGGAGGGACUGACUGGGAAAUACUGUGAAAAAUCUAUUACUCCUGACACUGCCUUAUCCUUGGAAGGCAAAGGGCGCUUGGACUACCACAUGAGUCAGAGUGAGAAGCGGGAGUAUUUGUUAAGACAAAGUAUUCGAGGUGCCAUGUUGGAGCCUUUUGGUGUGAACAGUCUGGAAAUAAAAUUCAGGACAAGAAGCGAGAAUGGCAUUUUAAUCCAUAUCCAAGAGAGCAGCAAUUACACUACUGUGAAGAUUAAGAAUGGCAAGGUACAUUUUACGUCAGACGCAGGAAUCGCUGGGAAAGUGGAAAGAAAUAUUCCGGAAGUGUAUGUUGCAGAUGGCCACUGGCAUACUUUCCUGAUUGGGAAAAACAGAACAGCCACGGUGUUGUCCAUUGACAGGAUAUUUAACAGAGAUAUAAUCCACCCUACUCAGGAUUUUGGUGGCCUUGACGUGCUUACUAUUUCUCUUGGAGGAAUUCCACCCAAUCAAGCUCAUCGUGAUACUCAAACAGGGUUCGACGGCUGCAUUGCUUCCAUGCUGUAUGGUGGAGAGAGCCUGCCUUUCAGCGGGAAGCACAGCCUGGCCUCCAUCUCGAAAACAGAUCCGUCAGUGAAGAUCGGCUGUCGGGGCCCGAACAUCUGUGCCAGCAACCCGUGCUGGGGUGACUUGCUGUGCAUUAACCAGUGGUAUGCCUACAAGUGCGUUCCUCCCGGAGACUGUGCCUCCCACCCAUGCCAGAACGGGGGCAGCUGCGAGCCAGGUCUGCACUCUGGCUUCACCUGCAGCUGUCCGGAGUCGCACACGGGGAGGACCUGUGAGACCGUGGUGGCCUGUCUUGGCAUCCUCUGUCCUCAGGGGAAGGUGUGCAAAGCUGGAAGUCCUGGGAGCCAUGUCUGCGUUCUGAGUCAGGGCCCUGAAGAGCUCUCGCUGCCCCUGUGGGCAGUGCCCGCCAUUGUGGGCAGCUGUGCCACCGUCCUGGCCCUCCUGGUCUUGAGCCUGAUUCUGUGUAAUCAGUGCAGGGGGAAGAAGGGCAAAAACCCCAAAGAGGAGAAGAAACCGAAGGAGAAGAAGAAAAAGGGAAGUGAGAACGUCGCCUUCGACGAUCCAGACAACAUCCCCCCCUAUGGGGAUGACAUGACGGUGAGGAAGCAGCCCGAAGGGAACCCCAAGCCAGAUAUCAUUGAAAGGGAAAACCCCUACCUCAUCUACGAUGAGACGGACAUCCCUCACAACUCCGAGACUGUCCCCAGCGCGCCGCUGGCUUCGCCGGAGCAGGAGAUAGAGCACUACGACAUCGACAACGCCAGCAGCAUAGCGCCGUCCGAUGCCGACAUCAUCCAGCACUACAAACAGUUCCGCAGCCACACCCCCAAGUUCUCCAUCCAGAGGCACAGCCCCCUGGGCUUCGCGAGGCAGUCCCCCAUGCCCUUGGGAGCAAGCAGUUUGACUUACCAGUCUUCAUAUGGCCAAGGGCUAAGAACCAGCUCUCUAAGCCACUCGGCCUGCCCCACUCCCAACCCCCUGUCUCGACACAGCCCGGCCCCCUUCUCCAAAUCUUCCACUUUCUACAGGAACAGCCCAGCCCGGGAGCUGCAUCUUCCCAUAAGGGAUGGAAACACCUUGGAAAUGCAUGGUGACCCCUGCCAGCCUGGCAUUUUCAACUACGCCACCAGGCUGGGAAGGAGAAGCAAGAGCCCUCAGGCCAUGGUGUCACAUGGGUCUAGACCCGGGAGUCGCCUCAAGCAGCCCAUAGGGCAGAUUCCUCUGGAAUCUUCUCCUCCAGUUGGGCUGUCAAUUGAAGAGGUGGAGAGGCUGAACACCCCUCGCCCUCGAAACCCAAGUAUCUGCAGUGCAGACCAUGGGAGGUCGUCCUCAGAGGAGGACUGUAGGAGACCACUGUCUAGAACCAGGAACCCUGCGGAUGGCAUUCCGGCUCCAGAAUCUUCUUCCGAUAGUGACUCCCAUGAGUCCUUCACUUGCUCAGAAAUGGAAUAUGACAGGGAAAAGCCAAUGGCUUACACUUCCAGGAUGCCCAAGUUAUCACAAGUCAAUGAGUCUGAUGCAGACGACGAAGAUAAUUAUGGAGCCAGACUGAAGCCUAGAAGGUACCACGGCCGCAGGGCUGAGGGGGGACCUGCGGGCACCCCGGCAGCAGCGCCAGGGGUUGCUGACAGUACACUCCCCCUCAAGCUUGGGCAGCAAGCAGGGAAUUUCAACUGGGACAACCUUUUGAACUGGGGUCCUGGCUUUGGCCAUUAUGUAGAUGUUUUUAAAGAUUUGGCAUCUCUCCCAGAGAAAACAGCAGCAUCAAAUGAAGAAGGCAAGGGGGGGACAGCCAAGCCAGCCCCCAAAGAUGGGGAAGCAGAACAGUACGUGUGAAGUGUAAGUUCUGGCCUUACACAAACCAAGACCGCUCCGACGAUGGUGAGGUUGCAGAUGAGGUGGGGGAGUCACAUUUGAAAACUAGGCCAGUAUGGACUGGUGGUUGAGGGAAACUACAAAUAAUAACCACGAUGCUGCUGACACAGACUCAAAACAAGUCUUUAAUUUAAGUCUGCUUGGUUGAGUUAUUUUCCUGCAUGCAUUGUAUUUGGUAACUAGUAACAUGGCAUGCAGCAUUUGGGAAGGUUUUCUUAUUUACUAGUGUUUGAUUUGUGAUUUUUGAAAUGAAUACCAUUCCCGUUGCAGAAAUGAACUUGUGUGCUUUCUUUCACAGUUGGAUAUGCAUACUGUUUCCAUUGUGUUAUUAUAACUGUGUUUUCCAUUGCAAGAUCCUUGAGGUUUAACAGAUCCUUUUAAAGUGUAGAGAAGAACUCUCCCCUCCUUGAAUGAAAGGCAAAGAAUGAACACUUUUCAGAAUGCUAGAUUCCACAGUUCCUUGUUACUCAGAAAUGUCUGGGUGUUUGUUUCAGUUUUACAUGACAGUGGGUACUAGAAUGAAGUCAUUUUGUUCAGCACUUUAAAGCUUGCUUAUAAAACCGCGUUAAAACUUCUGAAUCUUUUGUGAACGAUGAUGGUUUCCUACCUUUUCGUAAGGCUUCCAUUAGGGAGAAAAUGAUGACAUGUUGUUCCCUGAACACUGCCACCUUUCUACUGCAGAAGCAUGUUCUCAGCCACACAUUUCUCAGAGACACUUCUAGAAGUUAUUUAUUGAAAAAAAAAAAAAAGUUCUAUGCUUUGACCAGUGUGAAGAAUCCACCUAAGGAAAAGCCUUCUGGGACUUAUUUUUCAACCAUUCAACAUUUAUCCCAAGUACCCAAUUUUUAUAAUUUAUAUAAAGUCAAAUUUCAACACUCCUUACUUUGUGUCAUUUUGUAGAUCAUCUUUCUUAAUACUGUGUAAAAACUUUUUCUUUUCUUUUCCUUUUUUUUUUUUUUUACACCUAAGCUGUGUUUUUGAUACUGAUAUUUUCCUAUGCUGAAUGGUUUUCUUACUUUCAGGGAAGGUAAGAAAAUACUUUUUUUACAUUUGUUACUUAUGUAACGUUCAUAUUUUUCACAUUUUGAUAUUUGUAACAUACUGUAUGCUUUCUACUUGUAAAU